GUUAGCUGGGAAGUAUAAAAAAACUAGAGAAGAUUUAGCAAAAUUCUAAUUUUUUUAAGCUAAGCUGGGGAGGAGGAGUGUUUAAAGAAAACCUCAAGCAAUUAAAAAAAAUUUUAGACAGCCAAGGAGCCCCCCUAGAUUUUAGCACAAAAAUAAAAUGAGGAUUUCUUAACUCAUGCUGUAUAGAGAAACGGGACAGAGCCUUUCACUGCAAGUGGGUGUGACCUUUCUUUCCCAGCAUGGUGAGCCAGAGGGCACAUGCCAGCCACUUUGGAUAUGUCUGUGUGAUCCAAGAGACUCAACGUGAGUGAGUGAGUGAGUGAGUGAAGUUACAGCCUGCCAGCUCACUUCCCCACCCUCUUCAUGGGCUUCGGGAAGAGCAGAAGAAGCAACAGCAGCCGCAACGCAGCCACAGCUGGAGCAGCCAGCAUGAACUGCAAAGAGAGAAAGGACAGCAGCUGUGGCUGCGGUGGCAACGAGGAAAAGAAGAUGCUCAAGUGUGUGGUGGUGGGGGAUGGCGCUGUGGGCAAGACCUGCUUGCUGAUGAGCUAUGCCAAUGAUGCCUUCCCCGAGGAAUACGUGCCCACUGUGUUUGACCAUUAUGCAGUUACUGUGACUGUGGGAGGCAAACAGCAUUUGCUUGGACUGUAUGACACUGCAGGACAGGAGGACUACAACCAGCUGAGGCCUCUCUCCUAUGCCAACACUGAUGUGUUUCUGAUCUGCUUCUCUGUCGUGAAUCCUGCCUCCUACCACAAUGUCCAGGAGGAAUGGGUCCCCGAGCUGAAGGACUGCAUGCCCCACGUGCCUUAUGUCCUCAUAGGGACUCAGAUUGAUCUUCGCGAUGACCCUAAAACCUUGGCCCGUUUGCUGUACAUGAAAGAGAAACCUCUCACUUACGAGCACGGAGUGAAGCUUGCAAAAACGAUUGGAGCCCAGUGCUACUUGGAAUGCUCUGCCCUGACUCAGAAAGGUCUCAAAGCAGUAUUUGAUGAAGCAAUCCUCACCAUUUUUCAUCCCAAGAAGAAAAAGAAAUGCUGCUCUGAUUGUCACAGCUUCUGUUCCGUUAUCUGAGGUGGCUUGCAAUCUGUCUUCACCCCAUCUUCGGAUGCCAUUGGCAUCCAACCUCAGUCACCACGCUCAAGGAGGGCACAGCCAGAGAGGAGAUCCCUUCGUGUACAGGCUUGCUCCUCUUCCCGUGAACCUGCCAAGCACAGCACACUAGCCAGCCAACUGCCACCUCUUCCUAUCCGCCAGAAGCAUCCACAGUGCCCACUCUACAAGAAUGUUGGCCCAGUGCACAGCCAGUGUCACUGCUGUGGGUGUUGGCCACAGUCAAGGGUCAACUUGCAUUUUUCUAUCUCUUUCUCCCACGUAUAAGCAAUCAUCACUGGAGAAUUCGAAGAGGGACUUGGUUCCUUAACUGGUGGCCUUCCUUGAUAUUUUUUACUAAGUCAAAGACAAUACUAAUCUGACUCUGUUACACUACCCGUGUGUCUUACAGUUAUUUGUAUUAUUUUAAGAAAUUUACUAAUUCACCAGUUUUCUCAGGCCUUACAAAUCCAUACCAAAUUAACCCAAAGACAAAGGAUUCUGUAUUCAUUUCUCUUUUAGCAUGUUUCUACCAAAGCUAUUAGAACCAACAUAUACCUCCAGAUGCCUAAUUACAAGAACAGAGGAAAAUAACAAGAACAAGCAGGAAAAUGUGAAAACUUUUGGAAACUUACAAAACUGCAAUUUUUGAACUGGUUGAAAGAAAAUACUAUUUGAAUUCUUGUCUAUUCAUCUUGCCAAAGAUUCA